AUGGAAAUAAAUUCAGAUUGUACCAUUCCGAUUCCACGAAUAGAAGGACUUUCAUUUGAUUUGUAUGAAUAUAUUUUAGAAUUUAUUCCUCCUGAAAAUUUAUUCACCAGUGUGUUGCUCACCUGUAAAGAAUUUGCAAGAAUUAUUUUGAAUGAUGAAACAUUUCAUAUUCAAUUGGUACUGAAUAAUUUGAGUAAACAACGUAAAUUAAAAAGAAUAACGACCGAAUUCGUAAACCAGAUCAAUGAAUAUGAUGGAAAAAUUUUAAUGAGUACCAAUUGCAAUGAAAACGCGGAUCAAGAUGAGGAGUUUAUUGAAAUUGAUGUUAUUCUCGAGUUGAAGAAGAUGAAUUUGUUAAAGAAAUGGGGUUUUAAAAAACAUUUAAUAGGAUGUAUUCGAAAUGAUUAUGAAAGACCUCUAGUAUUGGUCUCUACAUACAUGUAUACUGAUGUUGUGAGAGAACAAGAGGCAAAUAACGAAUUUUUCAACAGUUUGAUUCAUGACCUCAUUUCAUCGCCUUCAGAUAAUAGUGUGAUGGCAAAAGAAUUACUGACCUUGUAUGAGAAAGUGAGAAAAUACUCAAUACCUUCGCUUCCGAACCUUUUCAUUACAAAAAUACGAGGGUUUCACUUGAUACAUUCUCUAGCCUUUCAUAACCGAGUGAAUAUUUUGAAAUUCAUGUGUGAACAUUUAAUCUCACCACAGGGAGAAGAAAAUCCUCAAACCACAGACAAGACUUCACAUUUGUUGGUGAGAGAAUCUAGUUACCAUCAAAAUAUUGCACAUAUUGCUACCUCACGAAACAGCAUGGAAUGCUUGCAAUACAUUGUAGAAAUUUUGAAGAUUGACGUGAAUAUACAAGAUAGAGAUGGAUAUACUUGCCUUCAUAUUGCAUCUUCUAAGAAUUUAGUUCAUGUAUGCAAAUAUUUGAUACAAGUAGGGGCAGACAAAAACAUAUUAGACAAUUCACAAAUGAAACCUUAUCAAAAAUCGACACGAAGAGAAAUUCAAGAAUUAUUGAGGCCAUAG